AUGCUGAGCAGGUGGAUGAGUGGCAGCAGCAGGAGCCUGGAGCGCGAGUACAACUGCACCGUGCGGCUGCUGGACGAUAGCGAGUACACCUGCACCAUCCAGAGAGAUGCCAAGGGGCAAUACCUGUUCGACCUCCUGUGCCACCACCUGAACCUGCUGGAGAAGGACUACUUCGGCAUCCGCUUUGUGGACCCCGACAAGCAGAGGCAUUGGCUGGAGUUCACGAAGUCGGUUGUGAAGCAGAUGAGGGCCCAGCCGCCCUUCACCAUGUGCUUCCGUGUCAAGUUCUACCCCACGGACCCUGCGGCACUGAAGGAGGAGAUCACCAGGUAUUUAGUCUUCCUGCAGAUCAAAAGAGACCUCUACCACGGCCGCCUCCUUUGCAAGACCUCAGACGCCGCGCUGCUGGCCGCCUAUAUCCUUCAAGCUGAGAUUGGUGACUACGACCCCGGGAAGCACCCGGAGGGCUACAGCUCCAAGUUCCAGUUCUUCCCCAAGCACUCGGAGAAGCUGGAGAGGAAGAUUGCGGAGAUCCACAAAUCAGAACUGAGCGGGCAGACGCCGGCCACUUCGGAGCUGAACUUCCUAAGGAAGGCGCAGACCCUGGAGACGUACGGCGUGGAUCCCCACCCCUGCAAGGACGUGUCGGGCAAUGCAGCAUUCCUGGCCUUCACCCCCUUUGGGUUCGUCGUCCUGCAGGGGAACAAGAGAGUGCACUUCAUCAAGUGGAAUGAGGUGACCAAGAUGAAGUUUGAGGGGAAGACGUUCUACCUGUAUGUGAGUCAGAAGGAGGAAAAGAAAAUUGUCCUCACCUACUUUGCCCCAACGCCUGAAGCCUGCAAGCACCUCUGGAAGUGUGGCAUAGAGAACCAGGCCUUCUACAAGUUGGAGAAGUCGAGCCAGGUCCGGACAGUGUCCAGCAGCAACCUGUUCUUCAAGGGGAGCCGCUUCCGAUACAGCGGCCGCGUUGCAAAAGAGGUGAUGGAAUCCAGUGCCAAGAUCAAGCGGGAGCCGCCAGAGAUCCACCGGGCCGGGCUGGUGCCGAGCAGGAGCUGCCCCUCCAUCACCCACGGCCCCCGGCUGAGCAGUGUGCCGCGCACCCGCAGGAGGGCUGUGCACAUCUCCAUCAUGGAAGGCCUGGAGUCGCUCCGUGACAGCGCCCACUCCACGCCGGUGCGCUCCGCAUCCCACGGCGACGCCUUCGUGCCCCACGGCCGUGGCGGCCGCGCCGACAGCAGCGAACGCGUGGCCAUCAUCGCCGACGAGAGCUACAGCCCUGCCGACAGCGUGCUGCCCACGCCGGUGGCCGAGCACAGCCUGGAGCUGCUGCUGCUGUCCCGGCAGCUGAACGGAGCCCCGUGCAGCAUCGAGGAGGAGAAGGAGUCGGAGGCCGGCACGCCCGGCACGGAGCCCGAGGAGCCGCGCGAGCUGCGCGCGUUGUGCCAGGGUGCCGGCAGCGGGCCGCGGGCGGAACAGGUGAAUAAGUUUGUUUUAAGUGUCCUCCGUUUGCUCCUCGUGACAGUGGGACUCCUCUUUGUCUUGCUCCUCCUCCUCAUCGUCCUUACCGAGUCCGACCUUGACACUGCCUUUUUCCGCGAUAUCCGCCAGACCCCCGAGUUCGAGCAGUUCCAUUACCAAUACUUUUGUCCCCUCAGGCGAUGGUUUGCCUGCAAGCUCCGCGCCGUGGUGGCUCUGCUCACUGACACCUGA